GGUUGAAGUGACUGCGAUCCUAGGCCAUCGGCUCAUCUGGGCUACGGCAGGACGAGUGACGAGGAACAGGCCCCUCCCCUCCCGCUUAUCUCGGUGUGGCGACAUCUAGUGACGUCGUGGGCGUGAUGGCCGCCGCGAGGCCGGGAAGGUGAAGAAGUUGGGACAGGUGGAGGGAGUCAACACCAUCAAUAGCCAACCUGGACCUUAAUCAGCAUAGAGGAGGCCUCAAGUUCUUUUCACCAUUUGACUCCGGCCAUGGCCACAAUGCCCACCCUGUGAAGGUCUCUUAACCAGCUAAAAACUUCUCCUCUGUUCCAGUUGUGCCAGCAGAUGCUCUCUGGACCCAUUUUGUUUUCUCUGCUAGGAGUUGCUGUACAUAAAACUGGCGAGAUGUCCCUGCUCUUUUCUCGAUGCACCUCCAUCGUCACUGUCAAGAAGGAUAAGCGACACAUGGCUGAGGUGAAUGCUUCCCCACUCAAGCACUUUGUCACUGCCAAGAAAAAGAUCAAUGGCAUCUUUGAGCAGCUGGGGGCCUACAUCCAAGAGAGUGCCAGCUUCCUGGAAGAUACCCACAGGAAUACAGAACUGGACCCAGUUACCACAGAAGAGCAGGUCCUGGAUGUCAAAGGGUACCUGUCCAAGGUCAGGGGUAUCAGCGAGGUGCUGGCCAGGCGGCACAUGAAGGUGGCUUUUUUUGGCCGGACGAGCAAUGGGAAGAGCACCGUGAUCAACGCCAUGCUCUGGGACAAAGUUCUGCCAUCUGGGAUUGGCCACACCACCAAUUGCUUCCUGCGAGUGGGGGGCACAGAUGGCCAUGAGGCUUUCCUCCUCACCGAGGGCUCAGAAGAGAAGAAGAGUGUGAAGACCGUCAACCAGCUGGCCCACGCCCUCCAUCAGGAUGAGCAGCUGCAUGCAGGCAGCUUGGUGAGUGUGAUGUGGCCCAACUCCAAGUGUCCGCUUCUCAAGGAUGACCUCGUGCUGAUGGACAGCCCUGGAAUUGAUGUCACCACGGAGCUGGACAGCUGGAUUGAUAAGUUUUGCCUGGAUGCUGAUGUGUUUGUGCUGGUGGCCAACUCAGAGUCCACGCUGAUGCAGACGGAGAAGCAGUUCUUCCACAAAGUGAGUGAGCGUCUGUCCCGGCCCAACAUCUUCAUCCUCAACAACCGCUGGGACGCCUCUGCCUCAGAGCCUGAAUACAUGGAGGAGGUGCGGCGGCAGCACAUGGAACGCUGCACCAGCUUUCUGGUAGAUGAGUUGGGUGUGGUGGAUCGAGCUCAGGCUGGGGACCGGAUCUUCUUCGUGUCUGCCAAGGAGGUGCUCAGUGCCAGGGUCCAGAAAGCCCAGGGCAUGCCAGAAGGAGGGGGCGCUCUUGCAGAAGGAUUUCAAGUGAGGAUGUUUGAGUUUCAGAAUUUUGAGCGGCGAUUUGAGGAGUGCAUUUCCCAAUCUGCAGUAAAGACCAAAUUUGAGCAGCACACAGUACGGGCCAAGCAGAUUGCAGAGGCCGUUCGUCUCAUCAUGGAUUCCCUGCACAUUGCAGCUCAGGAACAGCGGGUUUAUUGUCUAGAAAUGCGGGAGGAGCGGCAAGACCGGCUGAGGUUUAUUGACAAGCAGCUGGAGCUCCUGGCUCAAGACUAUAAACUCCGAAUUAAGCAGAUUACAGAGGAGGUGGAAAGGCAGGUGUCCACAGCCAUGGCCGAAGAGAUUAGACGCCUCUCUGUGCUGGUUGACGAGUACCAGAUGGACUUCCACCCAUCCCCAGUUGUCCUCAAGGUUUAUAAGAAUGAACUGCACCGACAUAUAGAGGAAGGCCUAGGUCGGAACAUGUCUGACCGCUGCUCCACAGCCAUCACCAGUUCCCUGCAGAGCAUGCAGCAGGACAUGAUAGACGGCUUGAAGCCCCUUCUUCCUGUGUCUGUGCGGAAUCAGAUAGACAUGCUGGUCCCUCGCCAGUGCUUCUCCCUCAGCUAUGACCUCAACUGUGACAAGCUGUGCGCUGACUUUCAGGAGGACAUCGAGUUCCACUUCUCCCUUGGAUGGACUAUGCUGGUGAACAGGUUCCUGGGCCCCAAGAACAGCCGCCGGGCCUUGAUGGGCUACAGUGAUCAGGUUCAGCGUCCUAUCCCUCUGACACCUGCCAACCCCAGCAUGCCCCCCUUGCCGCAGGGAUCCCUCACCCAGGAGGAGCUCAUGGUCUCCAUGGUUACCGGCCUGGCCUCUCUGACAUCCAGGACCUCCAUGGGCAUUCUCGUGGUUGGAGGAGUGGUGUGGAAGGCGGUGGGCUGGAGACUCAUCGCCCUCUCCUUUGGACUGUAUGGCCUCCUGUAUGUCUAUGAGCGGCUGACCUGGACCACCAAGGCCAAGGAGAGGGCCUUCAAGCGCCAGUUUGUGGAAUAUGCCAGUGAAAAGCUGCAGCUCAUUAUCAGUUACACUGGCUCUAACUGCAGCCACCAAGUCCAGCAGGAAUUGUCUGGGACAUUUGCUCAUCUGUGCCAGCAAGUCGACAUCACCCGAGAUAAUCUGGAGCAGGAAAUUGCCGCCAUGAACAAGAAAGUUGAGGCUCUGGAUUCACUUCAGAGCAAAGCCAAAUUACUCAGGAAUAAAGCUGGCUGGUUGGACAGCGAACUCGGCAUGUUCACACACCAGUACCUGCAGCCCAGCAGAUAGUGGGCAGCCAGGGCAGGCCUGCACUGAGCAGGGGCCGGCAGCCAGGGCAGGCCUGCACUGAGCAGGGGCCGGCAGCCAGGGCAGGCCUGCACUGAGCAGGGGCCGGCCGCGCCGCCGCCAGCUCUCGUCCUUGGCCGCUUCGGAGAGAAGGAAAGCACCCACUGUCUUGUACCAUUCUCAGCCCUUCAGCACCAGUCACUCCCUACCUGUGCAGGAAGACCCUGGCUCAUACCCUAAAGGAGACCAACAAGGAUUGGGCAGCUCGGCACCAAGGAGUCCUGCAUGCCUGUGUCUGCCCAUCAUGCUCGAUAGGGUCUUCCAAAGGGUGACACCCUGCAGAAUGAUGGGAGCAACACAGGCAUCAGGCAGACACUCCCACUUUCUCCGACACACCUACUGAGAAGGACAAUGUUGGGGGUGACUGGACUCUCCAGAAGAAUUCAGGAUAGUUCUGGAAUGGCCAAGUUUGUCCCAGAAGGACUUGUAUCUUAUGUUUGGCCCUUAGCCUUAGCACUUUUUCCCACUUGCAGAGUGAGUUGUGCUUGGUGGCCAGGCUCAACAUACCCUGGGCUUUAGACUCAGGGCACUCUUGUGGGAAGCUGGGGAUAUCUGCCAGCCAGAGCAGAGGGGAGGGCUCAGGAGAGGAAUCAGGGUGUCCGAUGUAGUGCUGUUGGUGUCUGGCAUCAUGGUGACAUGGGACUUGCCUCCCUUCUUGCCAUUGAGGCCCUUGUUCUUAUUUCAGCUCUUGGCCUGUUAGUCCUGGUGUAUUAGUGAGAGCUAGUUUGCUCCAGGUGGUUUAAGGAUGUAGCAGGGGGAAUGGUGGAAGAUGGGGCUUCUGGGGAUGGCUGGAGAAGGUUGGUACAGAAGCGGUUCCUCUAUCUGUCUUAGUACUGAGGGGCUCACAAGCCUGGGAGGCUCAGCUCGCUAACCUCAGCUUGUCCCUGCCUUGCUGCAAGCCCCCUGUGGCCACCAUUCUCUGGACUGUACCCUGUGCUAGUGACUGCAGCUGGCCACAAAACAGCAUGAGAAGCCUGGCCUUUUCCCUACUGCCCUGACCCCCUCAAGAGAAGCCUGGCCUUUUCCCUACUGCCCUGACCCCUCAAGAGAAGCCUGGCCUUUUCCCUACUGCCCUGACCCCCUCAAGAGAAGCCUGUCUGCCUUUCCCUGCUGCCUUGACCCUCCCAAGAGAAGCCUGUCCGCCUUUCCCUACUGCCCUGACCCUCUCAAGCCUGCCUCCUCCGAUCCUGAAGCCCCCCGCUGCUUGCUUAGCCUCGUAUUGACUCUGAACUCAUUGUUGAGUGUUGAAACUAUUAAUGGUCAAAGUAGGGAAGAUUCCAGUCACUAAGGUUGAUUGCCUUGGAAAAGCAGUUUUAGGGUGACAAAGCCUUUGUAGAACAGGUAGAGAGUGUCUUGGAGACAAAGCAUUGGGCUCCAGCCCUUCCCAGAAGUCCACAGCCAGGAGCUUCCUGCAGGGCACUGUCCUGCUGGUUGGGUGCCCAGGGACUAUGUCCUCUCCUGCCCGUGUCUGCCUGCUCACUUGCCCCUCAGUCUACCCUGUUUGCUGGGACAGUGAUGGUCUUGGCCAAGGUCAGCAUGUAAUGUAAAGAAGUUGUGAGUGUAUUGCCAUGCUGGACAGAUGGGGUCACCUCAGAGCGGGUCAAGACAAAUCAGUGUCACAUAAUCCCAAUGAAUGUUGUGUUCUUUGGGGGGAAAAUAGAAUAAACAUGAAAUCUUUUUCAGAAUAGCCCCCGAGUAAUGAAUGAAAAUUUGAGCUUAUAUAAGUAAAAAUUCCAUUUAUACCACCAGGAAGAGCUGUGCCCGAGCUGUUUAGCAAAGCACUUUAGUUUCUUGCUGAUAACUGUUGUGUGAUCUUUUGCUGGGCCGCCAAAGGCACCUGACCCAGUGCCUUUGCUUCUGGUAUAUUUAAGGUGAUGUAUCUGUCCAAGUUACCUGUAUCUCUGCUGAUCAUAUUGGAAACUAAAAUAAAGCCCCCGUGUGACCCUG